AUGCCCCGUACGCAUUCAACCCUCGACUUGGCGGACCACGUAUCAUGUGUCUCCAACGCUUUGCCGAAACCUGCUGGCAAGUCCGCACUGAGCCCCGAGGCCUGCUGGAAUGGAGACUGGACCUUGCUUGGCGAGAGGCGAUCGCCGCGGCGACGACGAAGUCGGCGACAGCGCUACCAGCGGAUGAAGCAUUGUCGACGACAGGAAGAGCUGCAGAACAAAGCAAUGGCCGCGUUGGCGUCCCCCAGCCAGGCGUCUAGACCACUAAAGGUCGCGAACGAGGGGGGGUCGAGUUGUGGGGAGCAAACUGGAGCAUCCCAAUCCCCCUCGCAAUCCGAACGCCCUCCAACAAAGGACGAAAUUGUGUCCCAUGACGGUCGAGCAACAGACCUCCGAGCGUCAUUGCCAGCAGACUCCGCCAGGGACGAGGGUGUACCCAACCCCCCAGCCGCAUCCUCGUUCUGCCCGCCUUUCGCGUCCGCGAGCCCGUACGGACCAUGGGGCCAUGGCCUGUUGCACGGACCCUACUCUGCUGACAACCGCUACUAUGGCCCAACGGUUUACAGCGGCUACGGUUGCCACAUACCUUCUAUGCCAGCUACAUUAACUACACAGAGUGCACCACCCGCGGCAUUAUCGUCCGAUCGCCUGAGUGCGAUGGUACAUUCUGCCAAGGCGAGCGGCACCGAAGCUGCUGAUGUCCCUUCACAUGCAGGAUUACAGCCCCUACCGGGGCCCGCCACUUUUGCACCCACGGUUCCUUUCUUUUUGACAAUGUGA